AACCGCGACUGACACGUCACUACUCUCGCGAGAAUUGAGAAUACAUAACAAGUAUGGCGGCGCCCUUUCGGACAGAGAAGCCUGGAGUAGAAAAUAAACCAGAUUGAAAACUGCAAGUAUGGGAUAUCAACGCUUGCUGUGUGGAGCUCUGGAGCGUUACUCCACGCAAUUUCGACUCGGUAAUAUUCAGCAGAAAGCUCGACUCUUUCAAAAUGCCCCAAAGUCGUCGGAUUCUUCGCGCAGCGGCGUAUCCACACGAUUAUUUACCUGGUUCGGACAGAACGGGGAGAUUAUUGCUCACGCUGGCCGCAAGGUAGCAACCCGUCGAGGCUAUUGCACCGUCACCCAGCCUGCCAGAGAUGUCACCUUGUUCGAGCACGACAGAACCCGCUUCUUCCGGCUUCUGGCGGUAUUCUGUGGCGGCCAGUUCGUCUUCUGGACGUACCUGGCUCAGUUCGCCUUCACCGGGCUCAGAGACACCGGCGGAAAAGGAGAUAAAGGUAGAGCCAAGGCGCCCACCACCACGGGACUGGCCGGGAUGUGGAGUUUUGAGAUGAACCUGGGUUCAAACGCCUGGAGGUACGGGUUUACAUUGGGGUGCCUGACUAUAGGAGCGGGGAUAGUCGGCCUCGGAGCUGUGUUCUGCCGACGGUCUGUCAGUAAGGUGGUUCUACAUCAGGGCGGGAGGAUGGUGACUGUAUGCACACAGUCCCCUCUGGGACCGGCCCGAGGCAGGACCUUAACUGUCCCACUAAACCAGGUAGCCUGCCACGCCCACAGACAGGAGUCCCCCUCCUUCAUCCCCCUCAGGAUCAAGGGACACAGGCUCUACUUCCUCCUGGACAAAGAGGGGACUGUAAACAACACCAGGCUGUUUGAUAUCACUGUUGGUGCAUACAGACCAUUUUAAUAUAAGACAGCUGAGCUGUCAGAACUGUUAUGGACUCUACUCUUCCUUACACCUUAUGUGGCUUUGGGUUUUUUCCUCAUUUACUGUUCAAGUAAAUAAAAUAUUUGAAAUAAAAA